AUGAUCUCGCGCAUCUCCAUCCUCGCCUGCCUGCUCUGGGCCCUCGCCCUCGUGCAGGCCUACCAGACGGCCGACUCGCUGGACAUCAACGACCUCGAGACGCGCCAGAACAUCAACACGGGAACGGCUGGCACGGGCAGCUCCAACGUCAACGUCGGCCCGCUCGGCUCCGGCACGGGCAGCACGACAGGCACAACAGGCACGACGGGCACGGGCACGGGCACGGGCGUCAACGCCAAUGCCAACACCAAUGGCAACGUCAACGCCAACGCCAACGCCAACGCCGCCAACGACCCGAACCUCGGCAUGACGGUGAUGCCGGCGACCUGCCUCGAGUACUCGCGCGUGGCCAACUACUCGACCAUCGGGACCAACAGCACGUACCGCGCGUCCUUCCAGCAGGCGAGCCCGCACGGCACCGACCAGGCGUCGGGCAUCCUCGACUCGGCGACGGCCAAGCUGCCCGACUUCAAGUUCAACGCGGCCAUCAACGCGCGCUGCGGCAACCUGUCGCAGGUCGCCGUGGCCGGCGCCGAGGCCAACUUCACGCAGGGCAUCGUGGCCGAGUUCAGGAUAAGCGCCGCGUCGCCGGGGCUGCGCGGCGGGCUGGGCAUGAUGGUGGCGGGCUUGGUGGUCGCCGUGGGCAUGGUUGUUGCUUGA